UCCCUUUUCAAUUCAUUUUCUUUUAGUCUCAGACCAGUGUCCUGGAGGGAGUCUCUUGUCAUGAUUUGCAGAAAUUUGGCAGCCUCAUGUCUGCUAUGAUCACCAAGUCCUGGCCCAGGAACAACAGAGAGGCUGUUGAAGGCCUGGAUGAGAUUCUUGAACACCUGCUCAUGGGGCCAGAUAUGAAGCAGCUCUUCAAGUUGUACAGUGUGUAUACGGCUGGUUGGGGUUGCUGUCCUUCCUCAGGCAGAACAUGGCAAGGAACAGAGGAGAAGCUGUUAGCCAACAACACAGAGGAUGCCAAGAGGUUGAUGGCUGCCGCAAGCUCUGUCUUCAUGAAGGUUGCUGGUGACAUCCUGGAUGGGUCCAUAUUGGUCAGACGGUUGGAGCUGAUCCUGAAGCACAAAAGUCAGUUUCUGGACCUGUGGCAGUUAGAGACAGAAAGUUCUUCUGUCAUGGAAGAGACACUGAACUGGAGGAUGGAUGAAGUCGUGUUUCUGAAGAGAGAGAAGAGACAGGUGGACAGCCUCCUGAGGCUGUGUGGGAAGGUGAAGCACCUCAUCCAAGUGGACUUUGGAGAGAUUGAAGCAAGACACUCAGAAGAUCUGAACCACAAAAGACUGAAUGAAGCCAUGAGGGUGAGCCAGCCAGCAUCCUCAGCCUGCAAGCAGAUGACACACUAUAACAUGGACUGUGAGGUCCAGGAAAUGGCUGCAAGGAUAGACUCCCUGAUGGACAGCCACAUCUUCCAGAUCUUCUGGGAAGAAGCUGCAGAGUCAUUAAGCUAUCCCCAAGGAGAAUCUGAAAGAUUGAUGACUUCGAGGCCUCCCUCCUUGAGACACUGGACCAGAUCAGCCCACAGCAUAUCUGGGCUAAGAAGCUGCUGCAGGACAUCAGCGAGCCCUGCUGCCAGUGUCUGGAGGAACUGGCCCUGCAGAAGGCCCUGGGAGGUAUGGGGGGGACUUGACUUCAGUUGUUUGCCAAGCGGGGUUUCUGAGCUUGAGGUUACUGUGACUCAUUCCUGUGUGUGCUUUAAGUGGGGAACAGUGUCUGCUUCCAGGCCCACAGUGCAGUCUGCAUCAGGACAGCUUUUCAGGGUUCUGGUUAAAACUGUUUGCUUUGCUGCUCUCUCCAUCUGUGUUCGUAAGCAUCUGGAUUUCCUUUGCUCCUUCUAACUCAUUCUGCCAGAGGCCUAGGUAAGCUCUUGCAGGCAGAAAGGCAUUGCUGCUCUAAGCUUGUAGAAAAUGGGCAUUUCUCUUCCAGCCUAGCGCUAGGCAGCCUGCAUGGUUGUGUGGACUAGAUAGAGGCAGGGGAGGAGAGGUAAGAAAGAAAGUUCAAAGAGGUGGAGCAGGGGCAGAGCCUAGAAGACCACCUCCUGCUGCCACUAAGGCUGUGCUGGCUCCAACUCUCAUACAGAGCUGUGCUGCUUCCACCUUGUAUUCCUGAGUCUGCUUUGAUGUACAUCCUUUGAUUAGUAAUUAACCCUGGGGGAAUUAUCUCAGUUUUUUUAAAUAAGUAAUUGUCCACAUAUUAUUAACCAACUGACUCUGAAUUGUUUAAGUGAUGAUGUUUUUGGAUUAAAGGAAAUAAGUUACACACAAGCCAAGAACAGUGCCUGAGACAUUGUUUGGUAAAGAUUAGAUGUUGGUCAGUGGUGUCAUCAUAUGCUACUAAAGAAAAGGUGCCCUGGUGUCCUAACUGAAGGCAGGAAGUAUCACACAUCCUAGGUGUUUACUUAGUGUCUAUUGAUGGCCUCACGAAGGAUCGUGCUCCAGGUGAGAGUUGUGCAGAAUCUUGGAGUGGUCCUGUGCUGACCUGUUCUCUGCCCCACGCAUCACCGAGCUCCAGGUGUUUGUGGACCUGGCCUCCAUCUCAACUGGAGACAGUGACAUUGACGUGGACCUGGUGGCCUGCUUCCAUGAUGCUGUGCAGGGCUAUGCAUCCCUGCUGUAUAAGCUGGACAAGAAGGCAGGCUUCAGCGA